UUAACAAAUUUUUUCUUUUCAGUUUGCUGUUGCAGUAAUAAAUUCGUUUAUAAAUAAUAUUUUAGUCGAAACUUCGUGUGAAUUAUUUGUAGACAUCAAAUAUACUAAAUAAAGUACAAAAAGAUGAGUUUGUGGCCGGAAAUUUCGACGGCAAAGUCGGAAAACAGGCAUGAAAUAAAAUUAUCCGGCGCUGCUAUCUCGAAGCGCAUUUCCGAGGAAGGUUUAGACAAAAAUGUAUUCAAAUUAACCAAUAUAAAUCUUUUAAAUAUAAGUGAAACUUGUCUCGAGAUUAUUCCUGAUGAAAUCAAACAGCUAGUAAAUCUACAAUCUCUUCUUUUAUACGGAAAUAAGCUGACAGUUUUUAACGAAAACAUAACCUUAUUACCGAAAUUAAAAGUGCUUGAUAUAUCUAGAAAUCAAAUAACUAGUAUUCCAGAGAGCUUAAAUAAAUUGAAAGAAUUAACAAGUAUCAACUUCAGUUCAAAUCAAAUAGUUGAGAUACCUGCAAUUGGUGAAUUACCAAAUCUUAUUAGUUUUGAUGUUUCAAACAACAAAUUAUUGAAGUUUCCGGACACUCAAAACGCUAGUUUACCGCAUUUAACAGACCUUAAAAUUAAGGGGAAUCUGAUUGAAGAAAUACCAGCUACAAUUGCCAGCAGUUUGCCAUCUUUGAAGAAUUUUGAUAUUGGUGAAAACCAAAUUAAGAUCAUACCUGGAGAAUUAGCUUCUAUGGCAAAAUUGAAAGAGUUAAACUUGAAAGGCAACAAGUUAUCGGAUAAACGAUUGAUGAAGCUAGUUGACCAAUGCAGAACAAAGCAAGUCAUAGAUUAUAUAAGAGAACACUGUCCAAAAUCUGAUGCCACCCAACCAACAGGCAAAUCAAAAGGAAAAAAGAAUAAAAAACAAGACGAACCGCUUCCUGGUGAUGAUGUCGAAGAACUUUGCCACACAUUGAAGAUUUUACAUGUUGAUGAUGAUCUAAUGAAAGUGAAGAUAAUGGAGAGUGAAGUGUGGAAUAUCAGGCCAUUUAUCUUAUGCUGUGUUAUAAAUAAUUUAAAGUUCAGUGAGGCUUCUUUUAAGAAGUUUAUUCAGAUGCAAACAAAACUACAUGAUACAGUGUGUGAUAAAAGGAAUGUUGCAACAAUAGCCACACACGACAUGCAGAAAAUACCACCAGGUGAUUUGGUCUACACUGCAAGAGCACCGUCUCAAUUAAAACUAACACCAUUGUCAAGAACAAAACAGUUUACUGGUGAACAGUUGUUCCAACAGCUGACUGCUGAAGCCGAUGCUUUGAGAAAAGAAAAGAAAAGGAAUGUCUACUCUGGUAUCCACAAAUAUCUAUACUUACUUGAGGGUAAACCAAAGUAUCCGUGUUUGGAAGACUCAGCAGGCAGGAUUAUUAGCUUUCCACCAAUAACAAAUUCGGAUGACACUAAGAUGUCAUUCGAAAGUAAAUCGAUGCUUGUUGAAGUAACCUCACACUCAUCACUCGGUGCUUGUAAAAUGGUUAUGGACAAGCUGCUUCAAGAGUGCUUACUACUUGGUAUUGCUGAUGAAGAGGAGAAUUCUAAGUAUCACACUAUUACUGUGCAGCAGGUAAAAGUUGUGGACAUGGAGGGCAACCUGAAGAGUGUUUAUCCAUCGCGAACAGACUGUGCGUAUGAGGGAUCCAACAUUAAAGUGUACAGGCUACCAAAAAAAUAAUUGCAUUACUCCAUGUAUUGGAAAGAUAUCUUCACACGCUGCACUUAAAGUUUAUUAUUUGUAAAUUUCAAGCAUUAAAUGCAUUUUGAAUAUUAGAUUAUUAUUACAUUGAAACUGUUUUGAAAAUAGUGUUUUUUUUUACUAGUAAAAGUGACAAAUAUGUUUUCUGAUUUUAAGUAAUACACCCAGCACAUUACAGUGCAGUGCCACUUAGAAUCCAUGAGCUCGUCAUGAUACAUACGAUAUUGUCACUAGCCGAGUAUUGUCCCUUAGCUACGCCGCCCUUCUUACCAAAAUCCAAAUAGUGCUUGACGGCAGGAAAUAGGCGCCACUGUGGUACCUAGUCCGCAUCCCGUGCAAAGGUAAUAUACAUGAGCAUAAUUAAACCUAAUGAAAAAUCUAUAGCUAUUGCUAUUACCACUUUACAAAAAUCUGUAUCAAUAGUACCACUUUACAAAAGUCUGUAUCAAUAGUACCACUUUACAAAAGUCUGUAGCAAUAGUACCACUUUACAAUAGUCUAUCAAUAGUACCACUUUACAAAAGUCUGUAGCAAUAGUACCACUUUACAAAAAUCUGUAUCAAUAGUACCACUUUUCAAAAAUGUGUAGCAAUAGUACCACUUUACAAGAGUGUGUAGCAAUGGCACCACUUUACAAGUCUUAGCAAUAGUAGAAAAGUGGUACUAUUAAGUACGUAUUAUUAUGCAACAGUAUACAAUAGAUUUCGUUUGUAAGGAACCUAUGAAUGACUCAAAGUCAAAUAUUUUGCAAAAAUUUUAAAAGGUUUUCAUUGUUCUUAUUUGAUCUGUUUUGGAUGUACUUGUGGUCAAUGAGUUUUAUUAUUAAGUUUUGCUCUUACCUGUAUGUCAAAAUUUAAGUUUCUUUCAUUAAAAAUAAUGAUAUAAACUUCGUUUGUUUGUACCUUAAUAGUUUAAAUCUAUAUUACUUGAUUUAUUGUUUCUAUGAGUCAAUUACAUAAUAUAGAUUUAAACUAUUUUAUCUGUCUUGUUGGUUAAAAUAACUUACUUUAUAAAGCAUUAUGUAGUAUAGCUGUAUUUUUUACAGAAUAUUGACAGAAUGCAUCAAGGUUGCAAAUGUGUUCAGGUAGUUUACGGAAUGGCCUAUAUUUUUAAGGCAAGAAAAAUAGUAUUAUGCACAAAGUUAUAGUUAUGCAAUUUCUUUUUUGAAUGUACAUUAUUUGCUUUUUUGCUUAUAAUUCUUAAUGUAAAUUUUUCACCAAAAUCACGCCAAUUAAAUCCUCUUGUAGCUUACAAUCAAUCUCUCCGAGAUAUUCUCAUUUUGGUUAGUUAUAAAUGCAUUAAAUUAAUUAUGAUUUAGUGUCCUACGUUGUGACGUUUUCAAAUAGAUUGUUUCUUGUUCCAAAUACACGUGUUAUACUUAAUUUUAAGAAAAAAUAGGGUAGGCGCUACGUCAAUAUGACGGUAAAUGUCAAAGUAUGCUGAAUAAGUGUUGUAAAGGUUUAUUUUGCGAAUAAGUUGUCUAAUCUGUGAUUUUUGUACUGCUUAUUAACGUGCAUGUAAAAGUUGAGGUAAUAUAUACUACGUACUAGAAUACAAAAGGAUGUCUGACCUCUCACCUUGAUCUUUGGCCAAGAGAUGGAGCCAGCUGUAGUCAACUCACUCAGUGUAUGCUAAGCUUUUGUAGCAAUAACACGUAUAUGAGUGCUGGGUGUUUAAUAUGGUUUCGUGAGUCUAAAGUAAAAGUCAAGGAGUGCUCUUUCACCACUAAGUUCUAGAUAAUAUUUUUAAACACGCAUAAUAAUUAAUUCUGUCGUUAUUUUUUUUUAAAUAUAUUCUAUCGUUUUAACUGGUGAUGACAUGUGAUCGGAUGUAUAGCUGCUUGUAUUACCUCAAUGCAUGUAAUAAAUUAAUGAUUUAUGUUGUAUCAAAAUAUAAAAUAUAAAAAAACA